AUGUGGCCAAGAGGCGUGAAGAAGGACUAUUUGAUCAGAACCGUGAUGCUCUUCGAGCAUAAGCAUUUUUCGCUCGUGCAUCGGAGCCCUGAUGCGCUUGAGAUGUACGUAAUUUCAUCCCCGCGUGCAAGGCAGCAGAGGGCGGGGAUAGAGCCAUCCUCGCGACGUCUCCGUCAGAGUGUCCAGAUGCGGCAACAAAUGCUGGGUGAACGGGUGGGCGACGGCUCAAUUGAGGUUUCUUUGGAUCCCGAGAGCAUCAAGCGAGGCGGAUACAUAGCGUGGGUGAAUCCAGCAGGAGAGGAGGCCGUGCCAAUAGCGCGCUUCGCUCCUCCCGAUGUCACGCUCAGUGCAAGGGACCGCCGGUAUGGCGCGUACAUGGUGUGGAAGAACAAGGGGGAAGUCACGUGUUUCGAUGGAGGAGUCCCGCAUGGAUGCCCUCCUGAGGACGAUGGUAUCCAAAACAACGCAGCGGAGGUUGUGAGGUUGAGCCCGCGGGACGCCAAGCGAGGGUCGAGUGUGCAAUGGAAGGAUAUCGUGGCACAGGAGGAUCAGGAGGCAGAGGCAACUGCCAAGUCUUCGAGCUUCGAGCCUGUCCAGAUAAUCAAACAUGGAAAAGCAGAAGAUCACAUCCACUCACAUCAGCGGUUCGACUUGACGAUCCACGAGUUACAGCAGUUGAGCGUGCGGCACACCGAAGACACAAUACAACAAAGGGAAUGGGCGCUGGAACAAGACCCAGCCUGA